AUGGAGGAAAAUACAUACCUCGCGGAACCAGAAUGGAUGGUCAACAAAGACGACAUUCGUCUCAUUGCCCGAUCUCUAUUGAUGGACCCUGAAAGAUAUAUCGAAAAAGAGAAAGACAUCUCAUUUGUCGUCUACAAGUGUUACUCGGAAGACCACCAGAGAGCCGCAGUAGAAGAAGCAAGGAAGUUUUCCGGGCCACUACCAAACCCGGUACCUGCCUACCAGGACAUAUUGCUGACUUCGAAGGAGAUGGUGGAGGCUGUGAAGGCAUUCUUCGCGCUACUACCUGCGUCACGUCAGGAGUUCCCUAAGGUCAACACCGAUGGAAGGUUGUCAGCGCCCUUCAUAUGGUGCUAUCACCAUCGCAAGUCAAGCAAAAUCGGAUGCCUGCCGCGCCGUCAAGCUGAAUUGGUCAAUGCACUUGUCAGUCACAUCGAACAGGCUUAUGCGCCGUUGUACGACAAUAUAGACGAACAACUCAGCAGAGGUUUUGUCUCGAAUGGUUCCAUGGAAUACCUCUUUCGACCGGGUCAAGUUCUGAUCUCGUUCACGGAUGGUGUCCCACAAGGUCACAUUGCAACAUCUCGCCCUUUUACCUACGCCGAUGAACCUGACGACUACGCUAUUGUUCCAAUGUCAAAGAGGCGUCGAGAUCCCUCAGAAAAGUACUUGUCGCAAUGGAACAUAUCAUCGCGUUCAAUCUUGUACCGUGGAAACUUUGUUCGGGUGGAAGAAAAGCUCAAGAUCGAAUUCGAGACGGAGACUGAGAAUGGAGAAAUUGAUAUCUCGACCUUACCUGUCGUCCCGCUUGAGUACACCUCAGAGGCAGUUCAAAACCGACUAAUCUAUCUCUUUCCAAACAUUGUCCCUGGCUUUGAUCUGAGACUUGAUGUUGAGGUCGACCAAAUUCAGGACGUUGUCUGGAAUGAACAUGCCUUCAAGAGUCUGGUGGCUAACGAAGACAUGAAGACACUCAUUCUUGCGCUUGUCACGAACCAAAUCGAUUCCAAAAGAGGCACGGAUGUGAUCGAUAACAAAGGGAACGGUCUCAUCAUGUUGCUUCAUGGCUCUCCAGGUACUGGAAAAACGUUUACCGCUGAAUCCGUCGCCGAAAUAGCCAAGAAACCUAUGUACUCGGUGACCUGCGGCGAUAUCGGGACGAAUCCUGCUGAUGUCGAGAAAUAUCUCGAGUCAGUCUUCCACCUCGGCAAGAUCUGGGACUGCGUCGUGCUCCUCGAUGAAGCCGAAGUCUUCCUCGAGCAACGCACCCUACAGGACCUCCAACGGAACGCACUUGUCUCCGUAUUCUUGCGCGCCCUAGAAUACUACGAUGGGAUCUUGAUUCUUACGACAAAUCGCGUCGGGACCUUCGACGAGGCCUUCAAGUCUCGAAUUCAACUCGCGCUCCGGUACGAGAAGUUGGAGGCCUACCAACGCAAGCAAAUCUGGAAGAACUUCUUCGAGAGGCUCAAGAGCAUUGGAGAAGAGGGCAGCAUUGACUUCAAUGAUAUUUCGCUGCACAUAGACGAACUGACCAGGCACCCGAUGAACGGACGACAGAUCCGGAAUACGAUCACCACCGCACGGCAGCUCGCCAAGUUCAUGGGAAAGAAGAUGGUGUUUUCGCAUCUGCAGCGAACCAUUGCAAUCACGAACAAGUUUGAUCAGUACUUGGCUGACGUUCGGGAAGCUGAUGUGGAGGAACAUGGUGGAAGAGGCUUGGAUGGCAGGUACUCAGACGAGUAUUUCGCUCGAUCUGAUCAAAUACGAUAG